UUGUGAGUCAGACCGGGCGUGUGGAGCUGUGGUGUGUUGUUUGUUGUCCGGCAGCUGUAUGGGGCAGUGGUAGCUGUCAUAGAUUGAUUUUCCUCUCCAUGGCCGGUCGUCCCUCUGGCUCCUACACUGUGGUUAUCAUCCCCCUCAGGACCAGCCUGUACAGCCUGGACGCACUGCGCUUCUACCUAUGGAUUAAGCGCCUGAAGGAUCUGGAGAGGGAGAAGGACGCUCUGUGCUCUGGGCUGGAGAUCCUGGAGAAGGCUCAUGCCUGGUAUCUGCAGCGCCUGGACGAGAACAGAGCCAGGCAGGAUGACAUCGAGACCGAGAGUGGGGCCGGGACCCAUCAGGAGGGUGAAGCAGAGGCUCGGUCAUGCUUCCUCAGGUCUUGUAUUCAGCGGGUGAAUGGCUCUCUUGGAACUGUGAUGAGUGAACCUAAUGUGACCAGCAGCAGCAGCAGCCUCUCUCUGCCUGAAGUAGUGGCAGACAGCGACCUCCGCUGGCACAACUCAGUACUGACUCAGGAAGUGAGCGACAAGAACCGUCGGAUCGCCUUGUUGGAGCAGGAAAAAGAUGCUCUCCUUGAACAGCUUGAUGAAUUACGGGCAAAUUGAUUGCAUGUAUUCAGGUACAGAUGGACACAUGGACAUGUUGCUAAUGUUAUCCAAUUUGUAAAUAUGUGUUUAGAUAAAUAAAUUACUGUGAAACAUG